CUCCACUCAGCAGCCCUGGCGUCCCUCAAGGGAGACAUAGUGGAGCUCAGUAAACGUCUGCAGCAGACAGAGCGGGAGCGAGACCUUCUGGAAAAGAAACUAGCCAAGGCACAGUGUGAGCAGUCGCACCUCAUGAGAGAACACGAGGACGUGCAGGAGCGGACGACGCUGCGGUACGAGGAGCGCAUCACCGAGCUGCACAGCAUCAUCGCCGAGCUCAACAAGAAGAUCGACCGCCUGCAGGGCAGCACCAUCAGAGAGGAGGAUGAGUGCUCGGAACUGCGGUCCGAGCUCAGCCAGAGUCAGCUGGAGGGCAACGAGGACUGCCGGAGCCUGGACCAGGACCAGACCUCUGUGUCCGUCCCUGAGAACCAGUCCACCGUGGUCACUGCAGACGUGGAUACCUGCAGUGACCUGAACUCGGAGCUGCAGCGGGUGCUGACGGGGCUGGAGCACGUCGUGUGCUGCAGGAAGAAGAGCAGCUGCAGCCUCUCCGUGGCCGAGGUGGACCGGCACAUCGAGCAGCUCACCACGGCCAGCGAGCACUGCGACCUGGCUAUUAAGACAGUCGAGGAGAUCGAGGGCGUCUGGCCGGGCUGCGGGAAGAGAACGAGAGCCUGACCGCCAUGCUGUGCAGCAAGGAGGAGGAGCUGCACCGGACCAAGGCCACCGUGGGCGCCAUCCGCGAGGAGCGUGACCGGCUGCGCAGGAGGGAAGUUCUGCUGUAGGAGGCUUGUGCUCAAGGGGGAGACGGAAAGCACGGAGUACCUCCCAAGGGAGGAGGGCCACGCUGCAGUCCCAUCUCCAUUCUCC